AUGGGUAAGAAACAAAAAGGUGGUAACUUCAGGGGUAAAAGACAUCAACGUGCUAAAAAACAAGAUGGUUUUUUUUUACCCUUUUCCUUUUUAGGUCAACUCUUAGGUAGUGGGGGUAGAAGAAGACGUGCGCCACCGCGACGGCGCAGACCCCCACAGUAUUACAGACCACCCCAAUACAGAGCACCACCCCCACAGGGUCGCAUACAAAAACGAUAUCGGCAACGAGGUGGGUUUCUAACAGAUUCUAUAAACACGGGUAUACUAGAUCAUUAUGGUAAACAUAAACACCCAACUGAAUCUAAGAAAAACCAAAAAGGUGGCUACAUGCAUAAAAGAGUCAAAAACGCCUUCUGGUAA